AUGGUGGUGAUGACGGUGAAGGUGCUGGUCAGGGUGAGGGAGUUCGACAUGGAGAAGGACCUGCCGGCCGUGGAGGAGCUGGAGCGCCGGUGCCAGGUCGGCCUGUCCGGCGACAUGGCCGCCGUUCACGACCGCGCCGACGACGGCGACGACGAUGGCGUCGCCAGUCGGGAAAAGAAGACGAGCAAGAAGACGAAGAAGAAGGAGAAGACAGGCAUGUCGCUCUGCGUCGAGCAGAUCGGCGACCCGCUUGCCAGGGUCCGCCAUGCCCCGGAGCACGUCAUGCUGGUGGCGGAGUACGGCGAGGAGAAGAAGAUGGUCGGCGUGAUCAAGGCCUGCGUGAAGACGGUGAGCCGAGGCGGCAAGCAGCGCAAGCCUUACGUGAAGGUGGCCUAUCUCCUCGGCCUCAGGGUGUCGCCAUCUCACAGGCGGCUCGGGAUCGCGACGGCGCUGGUGCGGCGGGCGGAGGAGUGGUGCAGGGAGAGGGGCGCGGAGCACGCGACAAUGGCGACGACGGAGUCGAACGCGGCGUCGCUGGCGCUGUUCACCGGGAGGUUCGGGUACGCACCGUUCCGGCGGCCGGAGUUCAUCGGACACCCGGUGCACGCGCACCGGCUGCCGGUCCCGCGCGGGCACCGCGUGUUCCAGCUGCCGCCGGAGCUGGCCGCAGCGGCGUACGCGCGGCUGCUCCCGCCGCAGGACACGGAUUUCCUCCCCGCCGACAUGCCGGCGCUGCUCUCCCACAAGCUCACCCUCGGCACCUUCGUCGCCAUCGCCGACGGCGUCGACACCGCCGCCGCCGCCGCCGACACCCCGCCGUCGUUCGCCGUGCUCAGCGUCUGGGACUCCACCCGCUUCCUCAGCCUCCGCGUGAGCGGCGCGCCGGCGCUGCUCCGCGCGUCGCUCGCCGCGCUCCGCGCGCUCGACCGCCGCGCGCCAUGGCUGCACCUCCCCUCCAUCCCGGACAUCUUCCGCCCCUUCGGCGCCUACCUCCUCUACGGCCUCCGCAUGUCCGGCCCGGAGGGCCCGGCGCUGCUCCGGUCGCUCUGCCACCACGCCCACAACGUCGCCCGCAAGAACCCGGCCUGCGCCGUCGUCGCCGCCGACAUCUCCCCGGACGACCCGUGCGCCGCCGCCGUCCCGCGCUGGCGCCGGUUCUCCUGCGACGAGGACGUCUGGUGCAUCAAGAACCUCAACCCCGCCGACCAAGACAAUGCCGACGACGACUGGACGGCGCCGUCGCCGCCGCCGGGACGCCGCCUCUUCGUCGACCCCCGCGAGUUCUGACUCCCGACGUCCACGCCAUGCAAGCCAUGCCACGCCAUGCACGGCAGGAGCAGGCAGAGGCUAACCCACCACAGCAUCAUCUCUGCCAAAUUUUGACGAACACAUGUACAUACACUUGCCACUGCAACUGGCAAUCGCCUGCCUUGCCACUUGUGGUGUAAACUCCCCCAAGCUAAAGUGAUGUAGUGUAAGAGCACCAACCAAUGGCUAGCUAGCUAGUUUCUAAUCCAGCAUUAGUUGUCA